AGUGGCAGUAACGCACUGACGUGCUGCUGAUCUCCGCAGCGUAGAAGAAGACUAACAGGAGAAACACACCACGAGUUUACAGUCAACGGGGGAAAAGCUAUUUAUUUAAAAGUACAUAAUGAAAACAGAAAAACAACUCAAACAACAGAAGAAUGAGAAGCAGUUCAGUAAAAAGAAGGCAAAGAAAAAUUUAGAUCCUGCAUCAGACGACCACCUCCAGCAUAUUCCUAGUCGAUUGCGUGAAAUCAUGAAGAGUCAAGAGAUGAUGAAGCAGGGCUCCCAAAAGAGGAAAAAAGCCUCCAAGCCCAAAAUGCUCUCAGGAGAUAUUCCCGUUCCACACUUCCGCAGAGGGCGACAGGAGUCAGAGAGGGAUUAUGUCCGCCGCAUGACCGAAGAGACUGAGCACGUUCUUUUCCUCACAAACAGCCAGACAGAGCGUCAUCCAGAAGUCAAGCUGAAGAAAGAAGAGGUGACCAAAGAAAAGAAAACUACCAAAAAAAAUAGGUUCAAUAAAAACAAACUUCUGCAACAGCAAAAGAAGCUUAACCAGCAAGAGGAACUUGAAGAGGAGGAGAUGUUUAAAGAUGAGGUACAGUUUGGAGAGGUCGCCAUGGCACCUCCAUCACUGAGUGUUAAACCAAAGAAAGCAGUAGACAAACCUCAGUGGGCAACCAAAGGUCUUCUCCUGACCUCCCUCCUGGGUCACAGCCCUGCCUCAGUCAGCAAACCCUCUAUGGCGAGGAAGAGGAUGAUGGAGGAAGAGCGGGAGAGAGUGGUGAAGCUGUACAGACAGAUGAAGCAGAAGCAGAAAGACAAACAAGAGCAGAAGAGGGCUGCCAUGACCUCUACAUGAUGCUCUGCUGUUUGUACUAUAUCUACUAUAUGUAUAUUUCAUUUUUCUGUACAUUUUUGCUACCUCUGCUGGUCAACAAUGCUGCAUUGAUGGAUUUUGUGAUAAAAUAUUUACAAGUGGAUGUAGGAGGACUGUGUAUAAGGCAAAAAAACUAAUAAAUUCACACUUUUAUAUAAUGCA